AUUCAUUCAUUCAUAAAUUUAAUUCACCAUUUAUCCUUCCUCUCAUUCUAAUCUUCCACUUCUCACUUCACGCAUAUAUACAUCCAUCCAUCCAUCGAGAGAGAAGAUAUGACUUCCUCACCAAAAACAUCGAAGUAUACACUUGGGUUACCUGCCAAGUAUCCAUCCUCAGGGAGACGUUGUCAUGGUCAACGUCGUAUCUUGUUCCUUUUCUCACUCAUCCUUCUUGUCUCCUCUGGGUCCAUGCUUAUCCUUCAUAUCACCACUACUUCGCCUUUCAAUCAAGCCACAUCCGACUCGUUAUCCUGCCAAGUAUCAUCCUCAUCCUCAUCAUCAUCAGAAGGUUGUCCUGCUGUUAUAAGAUCUCGCUGGAGAUCAGAUAAGGAAUCAGAUAAUAUCUAUAUCAGUCAAGAAGAGGACAGCAAUCCCUAUAUGAGCCAUGGUCGACCCCGCGCAGCAUUACCUCGCCCAGUUGAUAAUAACAUAGUUGAUAAACAACAGGAGCAACAACAGCAGCAGAACCAAUUCCCUUCUAAUGAAACGUCCAAUGAUUCAUCACAGAGCCCACUAUCAGACGUUCUCAACAAUGGUAGCACCAACACUACAGAAGAAGAUGAGGAAGUAGAAAAUAUGGCCCCAGCCGUACCCUUUGAGGAAACAUUCAACAAGCAAGACUCGACAAAAUACUUGACCUAUCUACCCUAUGCAGGCAUCACAAACCAAUUUUAUGGUAUGCUUCGUGGAAUGGAGGUUGCAAGGGCUUUAGACCGGACCUUGAUUCUUCCACCCAUCACUGCCUCCUCCCACGACAAAUCCAAACAGAAUCAGCCCUGGUCAAAGUUCUUGGACUUGAAAAAAUUCACAGAGAAGACGGGGAUCAAAGUGAUUGAAUUCCAUGAAUUGAGGGAUGUAGAGAUUGCCGAGCUAAACCAAUUGCAGUGCGGGAUCACUUGCGGCUUUGGCUCGAAACGAACGAUCGAUUUCACAGCCAAGGGGUUUUUGAAACAGUGGAAAUUCAAUUUGACGCUCUCUCCUCUGGAACAGGACGUCACCAGGCUAGAAGCUGUUACCUCGCUUCUGAAACCACGUUCGGAUGAAAAGUACCUCUGCAUUUCAAACACUUACAAGAUUGUAGUCAAGGACAAGUCAGAAUGGGAGCAUUUUGGCCAACACUUGUAUUUCACUGAAGAACUCGAAUCACAUGUACGAGAUUUCUUGAGCAAAAAUAUAGUCAAGCCAGAUCCAGCGAUCGAUCCUGAGACCAAGGAGCUUGUUCAGUCAGAAGAAUACCGCUACUUGGCGAUCCAUGUACGACGAGGCGAUUUUGCAGCCUACUGUGAGGGUAAUUUCCAAGGUCCUAGGAUGGUUCAUUGCUUGCCGUCGACAGAGCAGAUUGCAGAACGGAUUGAUGAAGUUCAAAAGAGACUCAAUCCGACUAUGGAGCUCUCCAAGAUUCUACCGGUCUUUGUAGCAACGAAUGAAAGGAGACCAGAGGAACUUAAGAAGUUUUCAGAUCUUGGAUGGCGAUAUCUGGAUCAUGACCAGAUGGGCACGGCCGAGAAACUGGGUGUCUUUGGGCCUAUGAUGGUCGAUCAAGUUUUUAUGGCACAUGCACAGGCUCUUGUUGGUAUCCAAAUGAGCACAUUCUCACGAGUGGGUGCACUCAGACAGAGAGAUUGGCACGGUCGUGAAGUUGAGUACAUGUAAAAUAGCUAUUAUCUACACAUAUAUACAUUUUUUUAUUUUUAGCCAGCAUAUAGACUUUUUUUUUUACGAUAACUCUAAAUGAAAUGAAUACCGACCUCUA